AUGCCCGUGUCCAGGGGCACACCAGGAUGGAAUAAGACCUAUUUCCCCUUCUUCUCGGACUUGAGGGGCCACAAUGUGACGGCCCUGCGCAUCGGCGAGUCCUGUGCCCUGGUCUUCAUCUUCCUGCUGUCGUUGGCGGGAAACAUCUGGGGCAUCUGCCUGCUGGUGAGGCGGCACCGCCGGCUCUGCGCCGCCAACUGCCUCGUCCUCAACCUCUUCUGCGCCGACCUGCUCUUCAUCACUGCCAUGCCCUUCAUCGCCGUCGUGCGCUGGACCGAGUCCUGGGUGCUGGGCAACUUCGUUUGCCACCUGCUCUUCUAUGUGGUGAGCUUGAGCGGCACCGUCAUCCUCCUCUCCCUGUCGGCCGUCAGCCUGGAGCGCUUCGUCAGCAUCGCCCGGCUGCGCCACGCCACCUUCCGCCGCCGCAAGGUGCUGGCCGCCGCCUUGCUCCUCAUCUGGGGCCUCGCCGCCCUCGCCACCCUCCCGCUCUGCUGCUUCUUCACCGUGGUGCAGCUGCCCGCCCCCGCCGGCCAGGACAUUCAUAUUUGCACCCUGGAUUGGCCCAGCACUGCAGGCGAAACAGUCUGGGAUACGACCUUUGCCAUUGUUUUCUUUCUGAUACCGGGAUUCAUCAUUGUCAUCAGUUAUUCCAAAAUCUUACAGAUUACAAAAGCAUCAAGAAGAAGUUUAAAUGCUGGUUUAGCCUACCCAGAACAUCAUCAGAUUCGUGUUUCCCAGCAAGACUACAAACUAUUCCGAGCCCUUUUUCUGUUGAUGAUCUCUUUCUUCAUUAUGUGGACUCCAAUAAUAGUAAUUAUUUUUUUAAUUUUAGUUCAGAACUUCAAAAAAGAUUUAAAUAUUUUGCCAUCAGUUUUCUUCUGGAUAGCAUUAUUCACUUUUGCCAACUCUGCUGUCAAUCCAAUUCUGUAUAAUGUUGCCUAUUUCAGACGUAAAUGUCAGGAAAUUUUUCUCUGUUGUACAGGGAACCCUGAAAGGCAUAGAGCAGGUACAGAAACCACUGCAAGAAGAAGUAACCAUGAACAGCCACAUUUGUCUUUCAUUACCAGAUAA